AUGAAGUGCGCGUGGGAACAAAACGGACGAGCCGGAACAGACAACAAGCCAAAUUCCAUCCAACUCAUACCUUAUGCACACACACCGGCUACUACCGACGGGCCUUCUUGGAGCUACGGACACCUUGACUUGGUCCUGUGUCUGUCCGGUACUUGUGGCAUGUACCUGACAUCAGCCAGGGUCAGACUUGUCUGUCCAUCCUCCCGUGCGUGCUCCUCCACUCGGACUGUCGGCUUCUUAACCACCUUCUUCCCGACAAAGCCGUACGUCUGCCUGCGAACGUAUGUCCUUGACGACAAAGUCCACAACCCGGCUAUGACACCACCACCGAAAUCUUCACCUGGGAUCAAGAUGAGGGAUGGAGCUGUUCGUCCGCCCUGGCCCUGGUCUCUCCAGCAGCUGGACAAGACGGAAUCACAAGGGCCAGCAGCCAGACUUCAGACUCCAGGAGUCCAGAGUGUCCGAAUCUCGAAAGCUCUCGGCCACCAGCCUCGGCGCCGCGCCAUUGACGCUGCUGACAGUGCCAGCCAGCCCAAUUCCAAGUCUAUUGCCGUUGCACACACUCGAGCCCGUCUCCCGCCUGACGCGGCCCGGCCAUCGAGGUGGCGCCCAAUAGUCACUCGCCAUCGGACAAUUCACUUUGUCUUUCGAUCUCAGCUGUCAUCCGAGCGCCAUAACCUCCCACUGCUCCAAUGUAUCGAGGGAAGCCUGGAGACUAAAUGGUUACCCUCACGCAUGGAGGCCGAACGGCGAAAACAGAUCCGCAUUGUUCAGAUUGUGAUAAGAGCACCGUCGUGUAUCCGUACGGGGUACAGUGUGGUGUUUGCGAAAGUCGAGAUCGACACGAUCACUCACUCAGCAACCAGCGUACGGAGUAGAGGUGCUUGCCGUAUUGCCUUGCCAAGCCUCGGGCUGGAUAACCAAACGGGCAGAUGGCGCUGCCCGAAGAGGGAGACAAAACGCCCUCCAAUCUCAGCCUCGGACGAUCUGAUUCGAUCAGCCCCCAAAUCUGACUCUCCUGGCAAACCACUGAAAACAUCGACCGCAUUCGCCCAUGAUGUUAUCGCAAAUAUCCAGCAAUACCGUUCUUCACUUGGACCUGCGGCCUCCUUUUUCCCUUCUUGGUUUUUUGUUUUGCUUUUCUUCAUCUCACCCACAUUGCGUCUUGAUCGGAUCGGGGAGCCGCCUUCCACCGUCACGGUCCUCCUAACAAGACUCAAGUCUCAGGGAAAGCGUGACAGCAUCAUCCUGGACUCUCAUCGCCAAUCUGAAACUGCAAAAGCUCGAUCUCCCAGAGAUUGCUCUAGGCCCAGCGGGGGCCAGCGCGAUUCUUACUUCUUCUUUCCGUCUGUCUCCAUCACGGAUGGGCUGAGGCAGACUCGCUGGGUAAACCUCUUCCGCCACAUUGACCUUCGGGAUUUGCGGGGAUACAAUCAGGGCAUUCAGCCUGAGUCUGAGCCCAACUUUGCCAGAAAGCACUGGACGACACUGGAACAGACCUGCUCCCUGUACGGACAUACACUAUGUACAUACAUCCAUGAAGCCUGUUCAAAUCCUACAGGAAUCACCUUGUCUGCACGAGUAGGGACGAAGUCUGGACAACGGGUGUUCCGUGUCCAACGUCUCUUGCGCAUUGGCGGACCACCGAUGUGA